AUGACUGUGAACAGCUCCGAACGACUGUGCGGAGGUCUAAAUGCAAAGUCGGCACCUGACAAAUGGCUGAGAUCGCCGAACGGAUCGGGAUCGGGACGCAUGACAGUUCCAGAAAGACAGGCACUUGGUGCGGGAGAUGUGCUGGACAAAUUUCGAUGCAAGCUUUCUCAGAUCAAUCUGAAAACUACCAUCCAUCAUAGCGGCCUUGAGUCUCUUACUUGCAAUUGCCAACCGGCUAAUCCCAAUCAAUGCACUUGCCAUGGUCAACACUUGCUAACAAAGUUCGGCAGUGCUAGCCUUGAAUCGCUUUUGCUUCAUGAGGGAUGGCUGGUCACCAAGGGAAGGCUGGUCCCCGAAGUGGAUGGUACAAUGGGCAGUGUGGGCAAGUCAUGGGUUGUCGCCGGGGGAAGAUCAUCAAAUAGAGUAGUGGGGGUUGAUAUGUCCUUUGUCGAGCCCAUGCUCGGGGCGCUGGGGGAUGAGGAGAUAUUAACCUUUGGCUCCGAGAUUCCAGCAGCGCUUAUAGGCAAUAGUAAGCUCUUCAAGUCCAUCGCCAAUGUUGCCUGA